CAGCCUGAAUUAUUCGUUCGUCAGCUGAGCUUUCUUCCUUGCGCAGAAUCUAGUAAAUAUUUUCCUGAGAUUUUACGUCACAUAUGUAAGGGUAUCAGACUUUUUACGACAUUAAAACAUAAUUUGUUUGUCCACUAAAUACAGUAUACUCUUUAACAUAGAAAAGAGGCUAGCCCGAACUCCUCUACUAAAAUGGCUGAUCCGUGGAAUAGGGGACAUGGGGCCGUGGAUGAGAUGUUGGAUGCCGAGAACAAGCUUCUGGCCGACAACCUGGCAAAUAAAGUGUCAAGGCUGAAGUCGCUGGCUUUCGACAUUGACAAAGAAGCUGAAGAACAGAAUUCCUACUUGGAUGGCAUGGAUUCCAACUUCUUAAGUGCCACAGGACUAUUGACGGGAAGUGUGAAGCGGUUUUCCACAAUGGUGCGCUCUGGCAGAGACAAUCGCAAGAUUCUGUGUUAUGUGUCUGUGGGACUUGUUCUUGUAUUUUUCCUGUUAUAUUAUCUUGUCACAAGAGUUCAAAAUUGAUUUGCAAGGACCUUUUUGAUGACACUUUCUGUAGAGGAAAUUAUUCUAAAUUUUCUCAGUUUUAUGAGAAAUCAUAUGAUCUUAUACUGAUUCCCACUCACUGUUUACAUUAAGGGCUGUAUUUUAAUGAAGUUGUUAGCUUGUUUCCUUCUAACAGUGAAACUGGAAAUGGAUGACUAUUUGUUGAGGUUAUGACGUGGCUGGUCAUACGUGUUUGCUCUUUAUGUCAUGGUUAAGUAAGUUUUAAGGCUCGACCAUAAUGGCUAUGACUGAAGUUACCAGCCAUAAGUUAUUUUGCAGUAGAGAGAUUGCAACAAAGAGGUCAUUACAAAAGGUUUAUUGGAAUUGGAAUUGGAAUUGACAGAGAAGAUACCAAAAAAGUUAUGAAUCAUGGGAUAUGCACUUUACAGUAACGGCAUCACUAUAUAGGAGUCCCCUGGUUGGGGAAUCUGAUUAUUUUUCCCUGUCUGUUUCCACUGAACAAGGUACCUAGUUAUUUUGAGAAAUGGCAUAACUAGUGUGAUGCUCAGUGCACUGUAAUUGCGCUCCCUAAUUUUAUCAAAGGACCAGUUUUAGUUGUCAUUCAUUUUAUGUUUUACUUGUGUCUCUGCACACGCAUUUAAAUUACAAAUUAUAAUCUAAAUAGCAAAAUUCGUUAACAUUUCGCACGGAUGGACAUUACAUGGUAUUAAACAGUAAAGUGUAAGUGCGUAUUAACAUCACAAGAAUGCUUCGAUUCCCCUUGU